UGGCUCCCCAGGAGCAAGCCAAAGAUAAACACGUAGACAGACAAACAGGGCGAAGAUAAGACAUUAGAGGGAAGGCGGCGGAGAAAUUGUCGCCAUGGAGUAACCGGCGGGGACGUCCAGGUUUCAGCAGGAAAGGAGACGUCGCUCGGUUCGAGAAAGGAGUCCGUCUUCCGCAGACGUCGAGUCGGAUCUGUAGCUGAGUCAACAUGGUGAGGACGGCCUUGGUGACGGCCACCAGUCUGGCUCUGACUGGAGCUGUGGUGGCGCACGCCUACAUCCUCAAGCACCAGUUCUACCCCACGGUGGUCUACCUCACCAAGAGCAGCCCCAGCAUGGCGGUCCUGUACAUUCAGGCGUUUGUGCUGGUGUUUCUGCUGGGGAAGUUCAUGAGGAAGGUGUUUUUUGGACAGCUAAGGGCUGCAGAAAUGGAGCACCUCAUCGAGCGCUCCUGGUAUGCGGUGACCGAGACGUGCCUGGCCUUCACCGUGUUCAGGGACGACUUCUCCCCUCGCUUCGUGGCCCUCUUCACCCUCCUGCUCUUCCUCAAGUGCUUCCACUGGCUGGCCGAGGACCGAGUGGACUUUAUGGAACGGAGUCCAAACAUAUCGUGGUUGUUUCACCUGAGAGUGCUGUCUCUCAUGGGACUGCUGGGUGUCAUGGACUUCCUGUUUGUCAACCACGCCUGUCACAGUAUCAUCACCCGGGGAGCUUCAGUCCAGCUGGUCUUUGGUUUUGAGUACGCCAUCCUGCUCACCAUGGUGCUCACUACCUUCAUCAAGUACAUCCUGCACACCAUCGACCUGCAGAGUGAGAAUCCGUGGGACAACAAGGCCGUCUACAUGCUCUACACCGAGCUCUUCACAGGUUUCAUCAAAGUGCUUCUCUACAUCGCCUUCAUGACCAUCAUGAUAAAGGUCCACACCUUCCCCCUGUUCGCCAUCCGACCCAUGUAUCUGGCCAUGAGGCAGUUCAAGAAAGCUGUGACGGACGCUAUAAUGUCUCGGAGAGCCAUCCGCAACAUGAACACGCUGUACCCUGAUGCCACUCCUGAAGAUCUGCAGGCUUCGGACAACGUCUGCAUCAUCUGUCGCGAGGAGAUGGUGACCGGAGCCAAGAAGCUGCCGUGCAAUCACAUCUUCCACUCCAGCUGCCUGCGCUCCUGGUUCCAGAGACAGCAGACCUGUCCCACCUGCCGCAUGGACGUCCUCAGAGCGUCCAAUAACAACCAGACGGCGGCUCCGGCCCAGGCCCCGCCCCCUGCGCCCGCUGCCCCGGCCAAUGCCCCCGCAGCCCCGCCCCCAAACGUGGGUCCAGCCAUGUUACCGGGCUUCCCCCCUGGCAUCCUGCCCUUCUGGGGUCCGUUCCCUGCUGUGCCCCCCCCUCCUGCUGCAGCAGCUCCAGCUCCGGGGGCUGCUGACGCGCCUCAGAGCAGCUCGGAGGCCACGCAGUCUGCAGGCUCCGCUCAGUCCACAUCGUCAGGGGCCGAUGCUGCAGCGGGGGCAGCAGCUGCCCCUCCAGGGGGCGCCAUCCCAGGCUUCCCCUUCUCGUUCCCCCCUCCCCCCUUCCCCACAGCACCGUGGCUGCCUAUGCCUCCUCCUCCUCCCUUCGUGUCGUCCAUGCCCCCCCCUCCCCCGUCCCUGUCCCGCCUGUCGGAGGAGGAGCUGCGGGAGCUGGAGGCGGAGGGCCGGCGCGGCCUGGAGGCCCGGCUCCAGUGUCUCCAGAACAUCCACACCCUGCUGGACGCCGCCAUGCUCAACAUCCACCACUACCUCAGCACGGUCGCCACGCUCACUCCUCCUCGGACUGAGGGCAGCGCGGCAGAGGCCGGCCACCCGGCGCCGGCGGCCGCAGAGAGUCCCGGCGGCGACGACUCCUCCGUCUCCGGCCCGUCCAGCAGCGCCGCCGUCUCCUCCCAGCCCGCAGACUCCACCUCCGCCUCGUCCGACGCAGAGAGGAGAGAACCGAGCGAAGAGGCGGCGGAGGGCGAGGACGGAGAGCCCAACGCGGCGGAGCUGAGGCGCCGCCGCCUCCGCAAGCUGGAGACCGCCGCGCCGUCGUCGUCCUCGUCGCCGCCCCCUCCGGACAACUGAUCCGGCGCCCGGGACUCGGCCGCACGGCUCCGGACCAACGGGGACUCUGAGCUGCCGCCCGGGCGCAGCGGGCCCCGCCCACCCACCCCUCCCCCGCCACGCCGAGCUGUCCGGAGACGCACCGUGGACCGUCUCCGUGUCUGAAAGCAAUAGCGCCACUUCUUCUUUUUGUUCUCCGAUUUCCCGCCUCGAGCAGGACGCCCGCGCGGUUUGAUGAGUUUAUGUUCUCAAACCCUCCGGCGGCUGAUGGACGAGAGACGGACGCAGCAGCGCUCGUGCUCCCCGGUCGGCCAGUUCCCUCCGGCCCGGGAAUCCGCCUCACAGCCGCUCAGUCCAAAUCCAGUCAAAGCGAUCAUCUACUCUGCUUUCUUCUUCCUCUUUCUGUUUCCGGGGUUCUCCACAUGCUGCCACUGCAGACACUGUAACAUACUGAGUUCUUGGAAUGUGUACAUACUGUAUAAAGAGUUUUAAUAGGAUGAUCUGUACAUAAAGCAGAAUAAACAGACUGAAACGGCAGCGGCACCACAUGUAUGUUGGUUUUAGUGAGUGUUACAGUGACGCACUCGGAGCACCUUUCUUCUUCAGGUUUUUUCAUCUCGCAGACCUUUAUUGUUGCCUUUUAAGUUAAAGAUGGAGCUGAGAAAAUUAAACUGUUGAUCUACGAAA